UGGCGCCCGCGCGCGCCGUCGCCGAGGUGUACAUCCGCAAGGUGAACUCGAUAACGGUAGAGGGAGCGCUCGCCUGAACAUGUUCAGGCAUUUGCACGAAGUGAAAAGUAGUAGGACGUCCUCGCUCAGCCACGAGAUACUCGGCUUCGAUGCUCAGAUUUCGGCAACAGCCGGUAUAACUCGCAUCACAGAAGAACACAUCGGUCUUCUGCUGGCUUUGGACAUGCCGUUCUUCGCAGUCAUCAACAAGUGUGAACUGGUUAGCAACAUCAACGCUGUUGUAGCGAGGCUGGCUCAAUUGUUGGAACCCGCUAAUAAGAAACCGCUGUUAAUAACUGACGAGAAUAUGGCAAGGAACUGCGUUGCGCCGCAAAAGUCGAUACUGGACACCAUAGACAAUGUAGACGAGGAAAUCAAAAAGGAUGAGGAGGUGGCCGUGUUCCCGGUGAGCUGCGUGCGCGGCGCCGGCCUCAACGCGCUGCACGCGUGCCUGCUGACGCUGGCGCCGCGCCGUGACAUGCAGCGCCCCGAGGACGAGGCGUGCGAGUUUCAAAUAGACGAAAUUUUCCACGUAGGGGACUCGACGGGGCCCGUCGUGGGGGAACUGCUCGCGCGAGGGCGACUCUACGAGGGCGACGAACUUAUCAUAGCGUGCGCGCGGGACAGUCGGCGUCGCUGGGCCUGGGUCGCUUCCCGCCGGGACUGCGGCAGGGCAUGGUGCUGCUAGCGCGGCCGGGGGGCUACGCCGCGGGACACGAGCGGCCCACCUUCGGAG